AUGGCAGACAUUUUGCAAGUCAUUGGCGCUCUAUCUACUGUAAUUGCUAUUAUAGUUAUUUCAUUCCUCUUGUCCAUAUGGAAACCUUACACUCAUGUUCGAAGUCUGCAAAACAAGCAUGUACUUAUAACAGGUGGGUCAACUGGCAUUGGCCUUGAGAUUGCCAAAGAAGCUAUUGCCCAAGGAUCUUAUGUAACACUCAUAGCAAGAAAUAUUUCCAAACUCAACGAAGCUGCCCAUCAAAUCCUACAGGAGCUUCAAUGUGACAAGAAUAGGAUCAACAUCAAGGUUGCAGAUGUAACAGACUAUGAAGCCAUAUCUGCAGCUAUCAAGGAAUCCUUUCAAUGGAUACCAGUUGAUGUGCUUAUCUGCAAUGCUGGGGUUGCUAAAGUUGGGUAUCUGGAGCAGAUGUCUGUUGAGUGGAUUGAUUCUAUAGUGGGUACCAACAUUAGAGGGACACUCUACACUUUGAAGGUGGCUCUUCCAAUAAUGAAGGAGAGGAGCUUCAAGCACCCCUCGGCUCUUGUGCUAGUUGGCUCUAUUGCUUCUAUGUAUCCUUUGUACGGUGGUGGGGUUUACACUGCUACCAAGUAUGCACUUAAAGGGCUUGCAGAGAACCUCAGGCUUGAGCUGUUUCCUACUAAUAUUGGAGUUAGUUUUGCAUGUCCAGGAUUUGUAGAAACUCCACUGCUAAGCGAAAUGGAAGAUAGUGUAACCGUUCCAAUCCUGGCAGAGGUAGCCGAAACAGUCACCUUUUAUGACAGAAAUAAAGCAGAGAAUCCUAGGGAUGUGGCAAGGGUUAUUCUGGGUGCAGUUAUACAAGGGAAAUCUUUUGUAGCAACUAGUGGGCAGGGUGGUAAACUGCUGUCAUUAUUAACUGCUGGGAUUUUGCCUGCUGAUUCUUUUGUAAAUGCUGUGAUCAACAUGAUUAUACUGGUACCCAUGAGGAUAAUUGGAUAUGUUUAUGCAGUCAUAUGGAUCAACCAUAGGACCAGGACCAUCCCUGUUAAACCUGCUGCAGAGAACUUUCUUGCUAAGCCUGCUGAAGAGACCUUUCUUGUUAAGCCAGCUGCAGAUAAAUAA